AAAAAGGUGAAGGGAGCAAAUCUCAAACUCAAGCUCUAAAACGGCACCGUCCUGGAAUACUUCGCGCCCGACGUGCCUAGACAAAAGGUCGUCGGAAACCGCGUCUACUUCACGGAGCCGAGCCUCAUUCCGUUUUCUCGCUAUCUGACGAAUUGUUAUUUGGGAACACCAGCAGCACCUAAGAUCCCAGGCCAGGCAACGGAGCACUGUGAGCACAAGAUUAGCGCCAGAAAAUUUGUCGAACACGAAUCGGAAUUGGAUUUAAGGCUCUUUUCUUCAACCACGAAGAUGACCAUCUCAACUUCGAAGAUGAGCAUGACGCGUGUUACAAGGCUGUUUUAAAGUUUCAGCUGGAGGAUGUUUUGGUAUUAAAUUGAUUACUUGAUGUAGAAGGCUGCCUUUCAUCUUCGCAGCUCACUCACAACAUCUUUCCAUUCAUGAUCCCGUCACACUCGUCUAAUUUGAGUAUUCAGAACCGAACUGAAGACUUCGAAAGGACCUAUUGUGGACAACGUUUUCUAUGACUGGGAGAAGGCCGCUAACAAGAUCUUCUUGUCUUCGAACAAGACUGAACCAGAGUUGAAGACCAUGCUGGGGAAGAAAGAAGGUAUCUUGUUAAGGUAUAUUGUUUUGAUUGGACCUCGCUCAUUUGGCAACGACUUUACUCAGGUCACCUGCCUAACCUAACCUGACCUAGCUGCUCCUGGCUGUUCUGGUGAACUAUGACGAUGUAGUUUCUCCCCACGUUGAAGGUGAUGCUCGGCGUCUACCCAUUCGUUCCUCCAUCAAAUAUUAUCAGUUUACAACCUGCUCCAAUACGAUCCUCACUACAUCAGGUGCCGACUUCUUAUCCGAGCAAGCAGCAGGAAACUUCCGUUAUUUCGUCUUUGGGCCUUCGGGAAGCGGCAACAAAUUGCAGUCCGAGAAUGGACUGCCCUUUUACGACGUGCUAGUUCAUGGAUAUCGCCGUUGGCUCUUAGUAACCGAGGAAGAGGUGCAAGCGGUAGCUGAAAAAGCAAGAGAGGCAUUGGAGUUUCAGCAGACGAGCGCGUAAAACCAUUAAUAUUAGCAGAUAGGAGUCUCUUUUAGCAGAUACAAGUAUUUAGGAGUAUACUUGAUGAUAAUUGCCCUUUUCGCUUUUCUAUCUUCCUCUGGUCUUUCUUUUUUCUAGUUAGGUCUGCUCCACCACAAUUAUAGCGGAAUGAGGUGCAAGUAAAUUCACGACAGGCAUUGUGUAAGCUGCAGGUUACUUUCUCUAAUCAAAUACAUUCAUUCCCACGUGAUUUCAUGGUUCACGUGAUGGGGUUAACAUUCGGCACUGCUUUUCUCAGGUACAUGUUCUUCGAAGAAAAACUUCCAGAACUGAAGGAGGAAUUUGGUCUAAAGAAAUACGUCGAGGUGAACCAAGAGCCCGGUGACAUCAUCUUUGUGCCGCCAGGUACUAGUUUAUCUUCUGCAGAUAUUUAUAUUAUAAUAACAGUAAGUCUUCGGCCUGUCUUUGAUGGUGAUGUCUCUGGGGCGGAUGGGACGUUCCCUCCGCCCCCAUUCUCUAGGUAGCUCCAACUUUUCAGCCUUUUCACUAAAGUCUUCUGAUUUCGUCGCCCUGCGUCAUUCCCAAGCUCAUGAUCUUCAGGUUGGUUCCGAGUUUCGCUGGCAUUGGCAGAUAGCAUUUCUUAUUACGAGCAGCUCUUGUACCAACCUCCCGUUGUGGAGGCCAUCGUCCGCAACACCGUCUGGAAUCCAGCUUACAGACAAUUCAACCUCGCUUUCUGCUAUGACAAGUCGGUUGCCGUGAAGGAAAUCAAGGUAUUUUUGAUUUUGUGCGGUUUGGUUUGCUACGUCAAUUUCUGUUGUAAAAAGUUGUUUACUUAUGCAGUCAUUUCCUCGCGACGCGUGUCGGAUACCCCACCAAUGAAACUUGAAACUCCUGAAGACGAAAUUCAAUGUCAAUCUAUCGACGAAAUCCACCCUUAUCCCAGAAACUCGAAACCGCUUAUGACCGACUAAACGAGAAGUCCUACGAAUGG